CUUCUCCUCCUAAUCCUCGCCGCCGCUGCUGCCGAUGUCUCCGUCGAUUCCCGAGAAGAGCGAUCUGCUCUUCAGAGAAGAGGGGAAGGUGGUGCUGCGGCGACGCCCGGCGGCCUCCGCUUCAGUGGAGGGAGGCGGGGUGAGUUCAAGAUUCUGCAGGUGGCGGACAUGCACUACGCUGACGGCAGAUCGACGGGCUGCCUCGACGUCUUCCCCAACCAGACCGCCACCUGCUCCGAUCUCAACACCACCGCCUUCGUCUACCGCGUCAUCCGCGCCGAGCGCCCCGAUCUCGUCGUCUUCACGGGUGACAACAUAUUUGGCUUUGAUGCUACUGAUGCAGCAAAGUCACUGGACAUGGCAUUUGCACCAGCAGUCACUCUCGAGCUCCCAUGGGCAGCGGUUCUGGGUAACCAUGACCAGGAAUCCACCUUAUCGCGUGAGGGUGUGAUGCGCCACAUCGUCAGAAUGCGCCAUACUCUGUCAAGGCUCAACCCGGAUGGCACUGAUAUUGAUGGCUUUGGUAACUAUAAUUUGGAGGUAUAUGGGUCCGAGGGCUCAUCUUUGGCCAACAAAUCAGUGCUCAAUCUCUACUUCCUCGACAGUGGUGAUUAUUCUACGGUUCCCUCAAUCCCUGGGUAUGGGUGGAUCAAGCCCUCUCAGCAACUUUGGUUUGAGCGAACCUCCUCCCGCUUGCAGAAAGAGUAUAUGAGCAAGCCAGAGGCACAAAAGAAUGCUGCACCUGGCCUUGUGUACUUCCACAUCCCAUUGCCAGAAUACAGCAGUUUUGAUGCAUCCAAUUUUACUGGGGUGAGGCAGGAGGGGAUCAGCUCUGCAUCCAUAAAUUCAGGGUUUUUUGCGACAAUGGUUGAAGCCGGUGAUGUCAAGGCUGUUUUCACCGGGCAUGAUCACCUGAAUGACUUCUGUGGAAAGCUGACUGGAAUUCAACUCUGCUAUGCUGGUGGGUUUGGUUACCAUGCCUAUGGGAAGGCUGGGUGGUCAAGAAGAGCAAGGGUGGUGUCGGCAUAUCUAGAGAAGACAGUGGAUGGUGAGUGGCAAGGAGUGAAAUCAAUAAAGACAUGGAAACGCCUGGAUGAUCAGAACCUUUCCACCAUCGAUUCUCAAGUCCUUUGGAGCAAGGGAAAUAAUGGGAGGCGCAGGAAGAGAAGUACUAAAAAUUGAGAAUGGUUGCUUGCAAGAUAAUUUGCAGAAGAAGAUUAGGAGUUGCUGGUCGUGGUCGGUGAACGAAACAAGUCUCCCAUCUGUAUUUCUGGCCAUGAUCAAGAACACUCUUUCAUAUACAGAAUAAGCAGAUGGAAAUUAUAUAGGCAGGUAUACUGCCUCCCGGAGUAUAAUGUUUUUGACUUGUGUCAUCUAGUCACUAGUUAAGAUAAAAUCUGAUGGAAGAUGGCACAAACUACCUCCUUCCUUUUCUUGAUCUGUGAUGGCUAUCUAUGUUGCUUGCAUCUCUUUGUCUGUCUAAUGCUUGCAUAAAAUGAGAGCAUCCGUUGUGUGAUAAUUAAGAAUUAUCCUUGGAAAUUUUCCAGUGGUUAACUUGUUGUGAUCCAACGUUAUUGAUGAAAUGAUGAUGACAAUUUCUUCCCCA